UGAUUAAAAGACAUGGAAAUGAACACUUUUGGACAAGAGACCCCUGUGGUUGACUGAAUCGAGGAGCUCUCUGAAAAUGAGAGCGGUCCUAGCCUGCUAAAGCAGCCCCAAGAAGACAAUUCUGACCACCAGACCUCGUCUCUCAUCAGAAUAAUGACUGAUAAGGUAGUCUGUGUGGUUAAUGAAAACGACUCAUGAAAGCCUAAUAAGAAAAUUGAAAGGAACCAUUUUCAAGGAAGUGACAUUGACUCAGUUCAGUCCAAAGAAAGAACCACAACUUUGUCAGCCGAGAAAUUAGAUGCCAAGCAUCUUGAAGUGCUAACUAGAGCUGCUAAUACUGAUCGUAGGAUAAUUGAGUCGAAGGAUGCCCUCAAGUUUACACUUAAUAUAAACGAUAUCCCGGCUGAAGUUCUAGAUGAGUCAAUAAAACCAGUGGCAAAACUAGGAUCAGAAGUUCCUGCUCAAUAUCUAAGCCGGGAAUUUGGAGAGAAUUUACUUAAAAAUCUGCAGAAUUUCAACUCAGUUCUUGACACAAAGCAUAAGGACAUCGCCAGGAUCAGAGAGCACUUAGUCACUCUUGAAAACAACAUCAAUAGACAAGUGGAUGAGUUCUUGAAAGAUAUGGUGAGCACCAACAUGAGUUUGGAGAAGAUGCUCCUAGAUCCAUGCCAAGAGAAUCAGUCUGAGACCCUAAUCGACAACCUGUGUCUCAAACUAUACAAGAAUUACUUGUUCGAGAGCAACCACAAGAUCAACCUGACUUUCUACAGAGAACUUAAGGUUAUCAAAGACUAUAUUUUAGGAUUAGAUAUGGGCCAAAGAAAUCAUCAAAUCCAGAGAAUACCUCAAGCUCUAGGUGUGAGUACUCUACAAGAGCUUCUGAAUGACUUUAGGCCAUCAGGAGAGCGUCCUAAGGCUGACUUGGUAGACAAACUUGAGAGUCGUUCCCACUCGAAGUAUCUUGAUAGCUCAAAUUCCCAAGCUAAAGAGAAUAAUUCUAAAAUAAAUUUAAGUUUUGAAGAUGAACAAUUCACUCAGAGUCUACAAAAGAAAUUUAGGAGUCCAAUGAAGCUAAAUACAAGAAAGAGAAUACAAAGAGAAAGGCUACACUCAACUUCAGUUUUCGAGAGAAGACUCAGACCUCAGCCUCUUGACUUCCAGCUUGGUAUGAGAAGGGAAUGUAAAUUUAAGGAAUCUGAGAGCCAAAAUCUUGACUCAGCAAAUAAUUUUCCGAUACUGAACCUAAAUGACUCUCCAGCCCUCCAGCCUUCACUUCCUUUUGCUGCUGAUAUAAAGAUAGAUCCAGGAACUAUAACACAGAUGCUGAUACAGAGACUUUCUAAAAACAAUGAGCUUGUGCAUCUUAAUGAUCUCUGUCGUAUCUUACCAGAUACUGACUUGAAGAAAUCGAGAUCUUACUCACAACAGAUUUAGGAGCCUAGGCGAAGAUUAUGCCAAAUCUUAGCUUUCUCACACUUCUGGAAUAGACAUGACAGCUCAGAUGGGUGGAAAGAAGCACAAUGCUAUCAAAUUUUGCAUAAGAUUUGUGC